UGGUGGUUGACGCUACUACCCCCACGCAUCCGGCGUAAUAUCCCGUAUUCUCAGUUGGUCGUCGUUCCGACGGGUGUGCCGUGCGCCUUUGUGUCGAGUGUGCGACAAGCUUAUCGCGACUACGGCGUGACGUAUUACUACCGCAACAGAGGAACGUGAGGAUUCUUGCUUCGCGUGGCGUGGGAUUUUGGAUUCGCUGCGCGACAUCGCCGUUCCUACCUGCAUCGCCCCGCCGGAGGUGUUAUUUAGUUUAUUUUCUCCCUGCGUUCAGCGUUUGGUGGCUCGACCGAGAGGAUUCCUGACAUGGCACGCGACGGCAGCUUCUGCAGGCUGGCGGCUUUGGCGGCGACGGUGAUCGUCCUCGGCUGUCUUGUCAGCCCAGGAGACGCAGCAGGCCCAGGAGCCCCAGGAGUCGCAGGAAAGGCAGGAGCCGCAGGAAACCCUGGAGUCCCAGGAGGCCACGGAGGCGACGGAGGUGCCGGGGGACCAGGAAGCCCAGGAGGCCCAGGAACCCCAGGGGCCCCAGGAGCCGCAGGAGGCCCAGGACAGGCAGGAGGCCCAGGAGGCGACGGAGGUCCCGGGAGCCCAGGAAGCCCAGGAGGCACAGGAGGCCCAGGAGGCGCCGGGGGCCCAGGAGUCGCCGGGGGUGCAGCAGGCGCCGGAGGUGCAGGAGGCUCCGGAGGCGCAGGAGGCACCGGGGCCCCAGGAGGCGUCGGAGGCCCAGGAGGCGCCGGAGGACCAGGCAACGGAGGCCCAGGAGGCGAUGGAGGUCCAGGAGGUGACGGUGGCCAAGCAGGCGCCGGAGGCCCAGGAGGCGCCCCAGGCCCAGGAGGUGCCGGAGGCCCAGGAAACCCCCCCGGAAGUCCAGGUCGCCCCGGACGCCCAGGAGGCCCAUGAGGACCCGGGAGGGGAAUAAACGUUUAGCUGCGACAACAAAUGCGUAUCUUGCGACCGGGUGCAAGGGCAACUGUUUCAUGCAUCCGGUGGUCUUGCUUUACUUCAGCGAUUUUCUUCUACGUUUUUUUUUUGCAGGACGCAACAAAGAGUCGCUCUUCGCAUUACUUUCGCGGUUUUCUUCUUUUCGUAUGAAGACAUUGAAAAGGCACCCCUCGCGUUACAAUCGCGGUCGCAUACAAUCGAGUUAAUACGGUAUGUAACUCCCUGUGUACUCCUGGCCGAAUUAUUGUUUUGGUUAGUGCCGCUAUUAUCUGUCCCAUUUCUGUGUCCGUUAACAUGACCCUUCUCCAUUAGGACUCUUCAUGUUGCAUCAGCAGCAUCAAUUGCAUCAUGUGUUUCCCCUUACUCCAAAAUUUUCUUUAUACCAGGCACUUUUUCAGCUCAUAUGUUUCAACUUCUCUGACCCCUUCUCGCAUAGGUCUACCACCGAUCUUCCGCAUCACGUACCUGAGUGUUCUAUUCUCUCUCUGCUGACUUCCCCGCUCUUCCACGGGUACAUCAAGUUGCCUAACUACUGUAUAUGCGUGUUCAGCUCUUGUUCUUUAUCCCUCUUACUGUCGUCACAGUUCCUAGAUCUGUUUGACCGGAUAGGUUCUCUGAGCGACUAUGGGUGAUCGACUGCUCUCGGUCCUGGUAUAUUUCCUAAGAUCAGGUUCUUCUACGCACCUGGCUGUCACCAUUCUUGUAUACUACGGUGUGAAUAUAUAAAUAUUAGCCUCCGGGAGGUAUAUCACCGAGCUGUUCACGAACAUAACUGGUUUCACCGGCCCCGUCAUACAUUUUGGAGGUACCAAACUUCUCCUUACUAGCACAGUGUCCGCACCCGUGUCUCUUAAUACAGUAGCCUUCUUUCCUUCAUCUUUACCUUCUACCACUGGCCUAUCUCGCUCUUUACUCUCAACAAUGGCUGCACUUACGACCUCUGAUCUUUCCUUUUUUUCCGACCUGCGAGCUUCGCAAGUUUCCCAAGGGGCUGUAAUUGUUUACACUUAUCGUGAUCUAUGCUUGCAUUCCUCAGCUUUGUGUCCCCUCUUGUUACACCAUUCACAAUCUUUCCGUUCACGUUGGUCAUCACGUGCCGCACGACAAUGAAUUGCCUGAUACCCGCCGGGGUAGCUCAGUCAGCUAAGGCGUUGCGCUGCUGAGCUCGAGAUCGCGGGAUCGAAUCCCGGCCGCGGCGGCUGCAUUUCGAUGGAGGUGAAAUGCAAAAACGCCCGUGUGCUUGCGUUGUAGUGCACGUUAAAGAACCCCAGGUGGUCAAAAUUAAUCCGGAGCCCUCCACUACGGCGUGCCUCAUAAUCAGAACUGGUUUUGGCACGUAAAACUCCAGAAAGAAAGAAGAAGAAGAAGAAUUGCCUGAUGACCGGGACGGUCGCAGAGGAAACAUCUCCGCUGUCCCCUGCGCCCAUCCAUUUGGGGUUUUUCUCUCAGCUCAUCUCCCUCUGAAGUGGAAGCAUCCCUAACACCCUUUCCUAAAUUUCUCAAUACCUGCACCUCUACAAACUGGUCUGUUUGCUCUGCCAUCUCCUCCACAGUCUGUAGUUUUCUCUCUUCCAGAAAUAUGACCAAACCAUUGCUACAUCUGGCAAGGAAUUGCUCCCAAUUCUGAAUCUUCUAUCUUGCACAGUCUGAACUUUCCCGAAAACCUUCAACAGUCAACUUGAACCUAUGCAAUAAAGUUUUUUUGUACUUUG